AUGGAACUGAGGCUCGUGUGCCGACUUUUCUACCAUUUGAUAGAAGACAAUUUCAACAAAAACAAGGAGUGGAUAAGUUUGGCCUAUACAACUCUGUACAGUGAUUGUUUUCAUACAACAAUGUGGCGGGCUUUCCCCUAUCAUAUCGUGUCUGAGGAGGAUAAUCCGAUAUUGUGGCGUGGAACAUACUUGUCCUCCAAAAAGUGGAAGAAGGUCAUGGAAAAUGAGCAUAAGAAAGACUCGAUUAUUUUAGUGUCUUCUUAUAGCAAGACUUCAUGUAUUAGGACUUUCGAAAAUUACACUAUUGAUGACUUGGAAACGCCGUAUUAUUUAGCACAUCACAAUACUUAUAUCAAACAAAUUGUGUUUUGGUAUACCAGUUACCUACAUAUAGUACACAGCUCUGGAGAAUGCCGGCAUUUUUGCAUCGGCGAAUGGGAUGGAAUUUCAACCUCUUAUGAAAAAAUCGACAACCAAAUAACAGCUGGUUCAAAACAUGAUUUACGCUCAAAUACAAACGAAAAAAUACUUGAUCUUGCUACCAACGACAUAUCUUUUACUUUUGAAGUCAAUUUGUCUGCAAGUACCGGCAGUAGAUUCCUAAUAUCUUGUAUGGUAAAUUCUAUGUAA